AUGACGUCCAUCGGCCAACGUGCGGUUCUAUUCAUCGAUAAUGGUGGGUUUAACAUUAAGGCAAUGUAUCUGCCCCCGUCAUUCAAGACGCCGGUCUUUCUCACCGUUCCGAACUGCGUCGGUGCAAACGCCCAUGUCGGUCGUGGUAUUAUUGGUGAACAAAUGCACCAGUUGCCUCAGUAUCACGGCUUUCUCGUGCGCCGCCCAGUCGAUCGUGGCUUCAUUGUGGAUAUCAAUCUGCAGGUUCGGGUGUGGGAGUAUGUCUUGCAAUACUUUGGCAUCGCGAAUGAGCAGGAUACCGACCUGUGGCUGACGACCCCUUUCGGCGCACCAAAGGCAGUGGCUAGUGUCUUGCACCACCUCCUCACCGUGAAGUUUCACUUCCGUGCGGUGACGUUUGUCAGUAGUUCUUUUCUUGUGCUUCUUUGCUACGAGAGUACGGCACACCGGUGGGCAGAGAGCCAUAUAAAUACUAGUGAUAUGCAUGGAAAGACUCGAAAGCGAACACGUGGUGGAAAUGUAAUGAAGUCAGGGUGUGGAGUGUUAGUAGAUUUGGGGUUCUCUCACACUACACUGGUGCCGUAUAUAGGGUACAAUCCUGUUUACUCCUCAAUCAUCCGUAUUGACAUUGGCGGCAAAUUACUAACAAACCGUCUUAAGGAACAUAUUUCCUUCACACAAACCAAUCUAACAGAGGACAGCUGGCUAGUCAAUCACAUCAAAGAGCGAUGCUGUCGUGUCGCCAUGCAUCCCCGAGAGGAAUUAAAACAAUGUUGCGAAACUGCAGGCACGAGCAGAGUUAAAGUGGGUUCUGGAUUGGAAGGGAAAGCCCAAAGCAGUGCCGUUGUGUAUUAUCUCCCCGCGGUCCCCGCUCUACAUCCUCUGGGCUGUCUCUCAACAGAACUGCCGAAAUCAUUUAUUCAAACCCAGUCACAGGAAAAAGAAUGUGAUGAAAGUACUCAUUUACCAAGUCUCUGUCUUAAUCAAGAAUGCUUCCUUAUUCCAGAGCUGCUUUUUACGCCAUCAGAUGUUGGGCUUGACCAAAUGGGCCUUGUCCAGGCACUAACAUCGGCUAUCCCACGACGUGGAAUGCUAGAGCAAAUGCAAAUGAUGACAGACGUGGUAAUGUCCAACAUCUACGUUUUUGGGGGUGUAAGCCAAUGUCCAAACCUCGUAGAGCGUCUUCGCCGUGAGGUGCAAGAAAUACUACCAGAUUCAAUUGUUCCUUGUCCUACUUUAAUUUGCAGCACACUAUUGGAAAAGUCAACACUUAAAAGGGAAAAAGAGAAUGCUUCGCUUCUGCCACUGUGUGGGGCUAAAAUAAUUCUAGUUGGAAAUGAUGUUAACAUGAGGAAAUGGAGAAAAAUGGCUCGAAGACGCGCUACAAUAGUGAUUAGUGGACACAAAAGGAUCACGGAAAGUGACAUAUAUGAAAAGUUACAAAAUAUUGCUUAG